ACUAUCUCAUUAGGAGGUCGGUUUGGAAUAUGAAAAAGGUGAAAGACGAGACGGCGUAAUUAUCCGCCGUGUGUUUAUUUAGCGCUACAUACACCACACGCCCCUUUUCUGACAACUAAUGUACCAGAUGAUAUAGGAGCCUACAUAAAGCAGCGCGGGUGUCGCAGCCAGAUGAAGCGUAAAAGAUGACUCUGCGAGGUAAAGUGGCUCUAGUUACGGGCGGAGCCCAAGGUAUCGGUAGAGCCGUCGCAGAAAGCCUUCUGAAGAAUGAAGCAAAGGUUGCAUUUGUUGACUUGAAUCAAAGUGUCGGAGAGGAAUGCAAGAAGAUUUUAGAUGGAGAGUUUGGAGAUGGGAACUGCAUUUUCAUUCAGUGUGACGUGACGGACAGAUUGAAACUUAAAGAUGCUUUUCAAAGUACAGUCGACCGGUUUGGAAGAUUGGACAUUGUUGUCAACAAUGCUGGCAUCAACAAUGAGAAGGACUGGGAGAAGACCAUUGAAGUAAAUCUGACAUCAGUCAUCAAGGGAACUUACCUGGCUCUGGAUCAUAUGAGCAAAGAGUAUGGAAAAGAAGGAGGAGUCAUCAUCAAUGUCUCAUCCAUGGCAGCUUUCCUUCAUUCCCCCUACCAGCCAGUGUAUACGGCCACAAAGCACGGGGUGAUAGGCUUCUCCAGAGCCAUAGCGGAUGCGGCUGAGGUGGAGAACUAUGGUGUGAGGAUCAACACGCUGUGCCCUGCCUUCGUGGACACCCCUCUCCUGCGCUCCGUAGAACACGAGGACAACAUGGGCAAGUUUGACAAGUUCAAGGACGACUUAAAGAGGAGCGUGCACAAGUUCGGGGUGCUUCAACCGUCGCUGAUCGCAGAGGGAGUGUUGCGCCUGAUAACUGAUACCGGUCUAAACGGCGCCGUGAUGAAGAUCACCUGCUCUAAAGGGAUCCACUUCCACACCUACGAGCCCCUGUCCGCUUGAGAGGAACAACACGGAAUACCGUCGGACUUCUGUCACCCACCCAGACAAAGGAACUUAAAGUGGUCGGAGUAUGGAGUCAUUCAGAAAGUAGACCCAUGUGUCUAUGGAAUUGGUAGAAGUGUAGGCCCAUUGAAUUAGGAAUUAGAAUAGUAAUUUAAUGGGACCUCUAUUUGUAUGCCUAUGAUGGAUGUAACCAAGAUUCCAGUAGUCUUACUUAAUAGGUGUGAACAAAGGUAGACAAAGAGGGUUUAGUUUUCGGGUUUCCCUCAUCAUAGAAUCCUCCAGUUGAUUUGACUAGUAUGAGAGACUUGUUUCCCUCAUCAUAGAAUCCUCCAGUUGAUUUGACUAGUAUGAGAGACUUGUUUCCCUCAUCAUAGAAUCCUCCAGUUGAUUUGACUAGUAUGAGAGACUUGUUUCCCUCAUCAUAGAAUCCUCCAGUUGAUUUGACUAGUAUGAGAGACUUGUUUCUCUCAUCAUAGAAUCCUCCAGUUGAUUUGACUAGUAUGAGAGACUUGUUUCCCUCAUCAUAGAAUCCUCUAGUUGAUUUGACUAGUAUGAGAGACUUGUUUCCCUCAUCAUAGAAUCCUCCAGUUGAUUUGACUAGUAAUGAGAGACUUGUUUCCCUCAUCAUAGAAUCCUCCAGUUGAUUUGACUAGUAUGAGAGACUUGUUUCCCUCAUCAUAGAAUCCUCCAGUUGAUUUGACUAGUAUGAGAGACUUGGUACAAAUUGACUGCUGUAUUUAUUUUAUUUUAUUUAUUUAACUAGGCAAGUCAGCUAAGAGAAAAUUCUUAUUACCCAAAUAUGAAAUGGACGUUUUAUCACAAAGCACAGUAUGUGUUUACAAUUUUACCAAAUAACUGAAGUUUAUUUAUGAUACAAUAGCAUGCUUUAAUAUCAUAGAAUAUGUGAAAAUUGUAUUUUUGUUCUCUGUCAGACAAUAAACUUUGACUCCUUUCCUCUUCUCCUUCA